AUACUGAUUGAAUCCAGGUCAGUACGUACAGGACAGUAACAGGGCAGGGAGCCUUACUGUACAAAAUGUUCAUAAAAUAUAACUCCACUGAACAAGCUGUACAUGUAUGACACAUAAACAGAAGCUGAAACUGAAAACAAACCACAAAAAUAAAAAAAAUGUAAAAGCAGAUCAUUUUUUUCCAAUAACUUUCAAAUGGCAUGAAUCCAAAAUCAUUACGAGAAAUCACAUUCUUGUGAGAAAUUCCAUGUUUCAUACCCCCUUAAUGUCAUUCUCCAAAUUCCUGUUUUAUUUAUUUUUUCAUAAGCGGGGAUUGCAUUGUUUAACUCAUAGCCAGUACACAUCUCUCUGUAAUGUGCUGGCACAAGCAGAGGUCCCUCCCACCGUGAGUAUAAAAGUUCCAUCUUCUGGCUCUGAAACUCAGACCAACAGAAGUGUGACAGCUGCUCCACAGAGCUAAGAGAUACACACAGGACCACAGAGCCUCUGGGAUACUCUCUCAUCUCAGACCUUUUCUCCUCACAAUCAGUGGAUUAUUUUGAACUUCAGGUUCCACACAAUAUGAAACUUCUAGUCCAGUCUGUGCUGUGCUGGUGCCUGCUGGCUACUGUAGCUUCUGGAGUGGAGAGUGCCAAACUGGGCUUGAGCACGGAGAUGAAAAGGAGAUUGAACAUCUGGCUGCUGAACAGAAGUAAAAGAGAUUUAAGCAGCACGUCCAUAGCUGCCGAAGCAGACUCAACACAGUUCGUAAGACCAGAAGACAUCAGAGACACCUUCAGUCCCCAUCCCAGCACAGACAUCAGCGUGCGGGUGAGGAGGUCGAAGAACACCGUGAGCGCGGGGCGGACAGCGGGCUGCUCCCUGGGCACCUGCACAGUGCACGACCUGCUACACAGAAUCCACCAGCUCAACAACAAGCUGAAGGACGGCAGCGCCCCCAUGGAUAAGAUCAGCCCGGGAGGGUACGGGAGGAGGAGACGCUCCGUGCCCCAGCUUCAGCUGGCCCUGCGGCAGGAGGAGGGCAGGCUGCGGCCAGCCUGGAGGAGCAGAUGCGGGCUGGACCCCCUCCUGCGAAGGACAUGAGGCCAGGGGAGCACGCGUGGGGGAGGGCCAGGAUCUGGCCGCCACUGAAAGGCUACAGGUGCCCAAGACUCCCGUCCAUGCCAGAGAGCAGAGCCAGGGGGUACUACACUCACCCCGCAGCCGCAGGACUGCAGGGGGGGGGGAGGCUGGAACAGGACUGGACAGAGAGAGGCGAAGUGGGGUGACAGGAACGGGUACCGUGGAGAGGCUGGAGGGAUGUCCGUGUAUUUGGGGGAACCCCUCACUCCUAGGACAAUGGGACCUUACACGCUUCUCUCUCCCACAGCUUUGCAGGGAUUACCCCCAAAAUUACGGGACAUGGCUAAACCUCCUCUUCCAUGGCCCGGACACCCAAGGGUGGUCAAGGGGGAACAGGAGCAAUGGACAUUGCCCUAUCCAGAAGAAUACCAGGAAGACCUCACACUUUCCCUCACCUGCUGCAAAUCUCUCCAACACCUGCUCAGAGUAACUCUGACCCAUGGGCCAGGAAUGGAGACACAGAAAGAAAGAGAAAACAAAAAAAGACUGCAAACACAGGGCUAUAAGACUGUCCAUCCAGCUGCAUAAACUGAGUGUGGACACUGUACAGGGGCAUAGCUUACAAUCUCUUAGCCUUGCAAAUCCAUUAAGGAUGCCAUACUUGAACUUGAUUUUUUUUUAAAUAGAGAAAUGUGCAAUCUAUAUUAUAUAUUAAUAUUUUUAUUAUGGGUGUGUAUAUACUGUAAGUUAAAAUGUAAGGGUAUAACUAUUUAAAAUGUUUUAUAUCUGUUACUAUAUCUACUUAUGGAGAUCUAUUUUAUGAACUAUUUUUAUAUAGGAAAAAGCAUAAGGGCAUUGUAGCUUUUUUGUUUGUUUGUACCGUCUGUAUUGUGCCUUGCUAAGUGGUUAAAACUGUGGUAAAAGAAGAAAAAUGUUUCUAUUGCUUUGUCAAUAAUAUAUUUGAAUAUGUGGUCUAUUCUAUUGGUGUCAGAGCAACAUGGUCAAACAAUAAACAUUUCAGUACAUGAAA